CUUCCAGCACGCGCCCUCGCGUCCUGAGCGACACCAUACCUCAUUCUACGCGUCUCUUCCGUUGCGAAACCACCCCCUGAAUGGCUCACUACAAGGCCUCAUCUUCUUCCCGACGCGUAUUCGCUGAACGCACCAACACUACACCAUCCGAAACUUCUGCGGUUGACCCGACACGCUCACGCGCUACCACCCUUCUCAAAUCCUGGCUUAUACCUGGAAAGCGUUCAUCUCCAUUAGAUGAAAUCGAUCGACACCCGAUUAAACGGGUCAAAGUCUCUGAAUCGCCUCUCGAUUCGAAUUCAGAUUCAGAGCUCGGCAACAGCGAAGAAGAAGAAUUAUGCAAGCCACCACCACUCAAACGCGCAUGGAGAUCGAGAUUGCAUUGCUCACGACACCCACUCUCAUAUUCCGGCCGUCCUCUUGCAUCCACCUUACCGCUUCUACAAUCGCUCGUGUCGUCGCAUAAAUCAGACAUCUUUCGCUGUCUAUCAAUGAAUGAUAACGACAGCUGUCUCGUUCCUGCAUAUUGCUGUGCCUACCCAGACUCCGCACGAGAGGGACUUUCGACGCAUUUUGCCGUUGGGACAGAGCAAGGCACUGUGUUCAUCUUUGAUAGUAGGAAGAGAGAGGAGUGGGACCCAGAACCUUCUUACAAGCUAAUUCGACAACACAAUAAUGGAAUCUUCGACAUCAAAUGGAACGGGGACGACACGCUCCUUGCCACGGCCGCUGGUGAUUUGACCGCUCGAGUGACUGACGCCAAGAUGGGGCACAUCAUUCGGACAUUCAGACAUGACGCCACGGUCAAAUGCAUCUCAUGGAAUCCCAACCAUACUAGUCUGUUCGGAACUGGCUCACGGCUCGGAACGAUCGCUCUUUGGGAUCUGAGGGAAUCCUCUGGGAAACCCGUAUUGAAUGUUUCCGCUGCACACGAAGAGAACAGCUCGCGGGCGAAGCGAAGAGCGCAGAAGCGGAGUACGAGUUCUCCGACAGUCACUGGUCUGCUGUAUUCAGAUGGAAAUGAGCACCAGCUUAUUAGUAGUGGGUCUGCAGAUGGAGUUUUGCGAUCUUGGGACCUACGACAGCUGAACGGCAGAAGCCCGAAAUCAUCAGUGUCAUGUCUGGCAUCGUCUAGCGAAGAUCCGACAACUAUGGAAGGUACCCGGCGACCGCGAGGCAUUGUCAGCCUCUCGGACAGACCGGGCACAGGUCCGACCGCAGGACUCGUCUUCGCUCUGGGCGCCGACUCCCAUAUCCAUACCUAUGCACGCGAUACCCUGGCACCCACUGGCAACUCUUUCACACAUCCAAACCUGCGAACAAACUUCUACGUCAAACUCUCGACGUCGGCUUGUGGCAGGUGGCUUGCGAGUGGUGGUGCCCGCUUGGACGGGUCGGAGUCUUCGAGCGCAUUUGUGUUCGACGUGGACAGCCAAGGCCAACGUAGAACCGGGCAUCAGUCAUCGAAUGCACUGGAGUUGAAAGGAAGCGGAGACGGUGAUAGCGGAGGACUUGAUUGGGCUGAAGGCAUGUUAGCCACCUGCUGGGACCAGGGCGUUGUCAGGAUUUGGAGACCUGAAGCACAAUCUCAUCGGAGUUGCCUGGAUAACCCAGAGAACAGCCGGUGGGACUGGCUGUGGGCGCAAUGAACAGAUAUAAGUAGUGGUAGUAGUAGUGUGUAACCAGUGCUUGGUCACGGAUCAGUCAUCCAUUUCCGGUCCGAAGGCAAAUCCUUUACUUGCAUCUUUCUUUCUCCACCCUUGUCUCUUUGCCGAAUUUCCCAUGGGUCUCUCAAUAUCAACGCUCUUCUCCUCCCUGUCUUCCCUAGUUCGAUGGAGCAAAGACCAGGACGUCCGUAUACUAAUGCUCGGGCUCGACUCUGCCGGAAAGACGACGAUACUGUAUAGAUUACAGAUUGGCGAAGUCGUUUCCACAAUACCGACCAUCGGAUUCAACGUCGAGACGGUUGAAUACAAAAACAUCAAAUUCCAGGUGUGGGAUCUCGGCGGACAAUCCAGCAUCCGACCAUACUGGCGGUGCUACUUCCCCAACACGUCUUCGAUCAUAUACGUUAUAGACUCGUCAGAUCACACGCGGCUGAGCACGUCACGGACCGAACUACUAACGAUGCUGUCGGAAGAAGAGCUCAAAGGCGUGCCGCUCCUCGUGUUCUGCAACAAGCAGGAUGUGGAGGGCGCUUUGAAGCCGGAGGAGAUCAGCGAGCAGCUCGGUCUGGCUGGUGGCGAGAAGUCGCGACCGUGGAGUGUUCGAGGGAGUUGUGCAACGAAGGGCGAGGGGCUCGAGGAGGGUCUGGAUUGGUUGGUGAACGCGAUCCAGAAGAAGUAGAUACUACUGAGUACCCUAUUCCUCCAGCUUAUCAUUUAAUUCACAUGGUUC